AUGGCGCUCUUCUCACCACGAGCCGAGUAUGGCCACGUCGGACUUCUACUCGAGCCUAGCAAGACACCCAGCGAAGCUGGUUCUGUCUCAUCGCUCAUGUACUUCAAGGGUAUUCGCGAGAUAUCAUACGGAAUGACGCUUGUGGCGCUGCAAUGGCAGGCUAACGAGAGUGCCGUGACAACUUUCUCAGCCAUUCUAUCCAUUGUGAGAAUCGGCGAUGGACUAGUUGUCUGGUUGAACGGAGGCGACGAGCUUAGGUACAAAGCAGCUGGUCAUUGGAUCACAGGGCUUGGGUUUGCUGGAUGGGUUAUCUGGAGAUGGAGUUUCUAG